CGGGCUGAGGCGAGCGGAGCCCGGGCGGGAGCGGGCGGCGUCGAGCGGGGCGAGGGGCGCGGGGCGCGGGCUGCUGCCGGUGGCCACCGGCCGGGGCGGGAAGAACCGGGCUGCCCGCCGGUGAGGUGCGCGGGAAAGGGAGGUAGUGUGAGCUCGCCUGCGAGAGGAGCCGGUGCCGCGCCGCAGCCAUGGGGAACCGCGGGAUGGAGGACCUCAUCCCGCUGGUCAACCGGCUGCAGGACGCCUUCGCCGCCAUCGGGCAGAACGCCAACCUCGACCUGCCGCAGAUCGCCGUGGUGGGGGGGCAGAGCGCCGGCAAGAGCUCCGUGCUGGAGAAUUUCGUGGGGAGGGACUUUCUGCCACGUGGAUCUGGCAUCGUAACCAGACGCCCGCUGGUCCUGCAGCUGGUAAACGCCAGCACAGAAUAUGGUGAGUUCCUACACUGCAAAGGAAAGAAAUUCACUGAUUUUGAGGAGGUCCGUUUGGAGAUUGAGGCUGAAACAGAUCGUGUUACUGGCUCCAACAAAGGGAUUUCCCCUGUGCCCAUCAAUCUUCGAGUCUAUUCUCCCCAUGUCCUGAACCUGACCUUGGUGGAUCUACCGGGUAUGACAAAAGUCCCAGUAGGGGACCAGCCCCCUGACAUCGAGUUUCAGAUCCGAGAUAUGCUUAUGCAGUUUGUCACCAAAGAGAAUUGUCUCAUCCUGGCAGUAUCCCCAGCCAACUCUGAUUUGGCCAAUUCUGAUGCCCUGAAGGUUGCAAAGGAGGUGGAUCCUCAAGGGCAACGCACUAUUGGAGUUAUCACUAAGCUGGAUCUUAUGGAUGAAGGAACUGAUGCACGAGAUGUAUUAGAAAAUAAAUUACUUCCUCUUCGUAGAGGUUACAUUGGUGUAGUCAACAGAAGUCAGAAGGACAUUGAUGGCAAGAAGGACAUUCAGGCAGCUCUGGCUGCAGAGAGAAAAUUUUUUCUCUCCCACCCGGCCUACAGACACAUGGCUGAUCGCAUGGGAACCCCCUACCUGCAGAAAGUAUUGAACCAGCAAUUGACCAACCACAUCCGUGACACCCUGCCAGGGCUGCGGAACAAGCUCCAAAGCCAGCUUCUCUCCAUUGAGAAGGAGGUGGAGGAGUACAAGAACUUUCGCCCUGAUGACCCUGCUCGCAAGACCAAAGCUCUGCUUCAGAUGGUCCAGCAGUUUGCUGUGGACUUUGAGAAACGCAUUGAAGGCUCUGGAGACCAAAUUGAUACCUAUGAGCUGUCAGGAGGAGCUAGGAUAAACCGCAUCUUCCAUGAGCGUUUCCCCUUUGAACUGGUGAAGAUGGAGUUUGAUGAGAAGGAGCUGCGGCGGGAGAUUAGCUAUGCCAUCAAGAACAUCCAUGGUAUCAGAACGGGUCUCUUCACGCCUGACCUCGCUUUUGAAGCCAUAGUGAAAAAGCAGGUGCAGAAGUUGAAGGAGCCAAGUCUGAAGUGUGUGGAUAUGGUAGUGAGUGAGCUCACAUCCACCAUCAGAAAGUGUAGCGAAAAGCUUAGCCAGUACCCUCAUCUGCGUGAGGAAAUGGAGAGGAUUGUUACUACUCACAUCCGCGAAAGAGAAGGCAGGACCAAAGAUCAGGUCAUGCUUCUAAUAGACAUCGAGCUGGCUUACAUGAACACAAACCAUGAGGAUUUCAUUGGCUUUGCCAAUGCUCAGCAGAGGAGCAGCCAGAUGAGCAAGAAGAAGGCAGCUGGCAACCAGGAUGAGAUCCUGGUCAUCCGAAAGGGCUGGCUCACCAUCAAUAACAUUGGGAUCAUGAAGGGUGGCUCCAAGGAGUAUUGGUUUGUCCUGACAGCGGAGAACCUCUCCUGGUACAAGGAUGAUGAGGAGAAGGAGAAGAAGUAUAUGUUACCAGUGGAUAACCUGAAACUGCGAGAUGUUGAGAAGGGGUUCAUGUCCAGCAAGCACAUCUUUGCUCUCUUCAACACUGAACAGAGGAAUGUUUACAAGGACUACCGGCAGCUGGAGCUGGCCUGUGAGACCCAGGAGGAGGUAGAUAGCUGGAAGGCUUCCUUCCUUCGUGCAGGAGUCUACCCAGAGCGUGUUGGGGACAAGGACAAAGCCAGUGAAGCGGAGGAGAAUGGAUCAGACAGUUUCAUGCACUCCAUGGACCCUCAGCUGGAGAGACAAGUGGAAACGAUCCGGAACCUGGUGGAUUCCUACAUGGCAAUUGUCAACAAAACCAUCAGAGACCUCAUGCCGAAGACAAUCAUGCACCUCAUGAUAAACAAUACCAAGGACUUUAUCCAUUCGGAGUUGCUGGCAAACCUAUACUCCUGUGGUGACCAGAAUACGCUGAUGGAGGAAUCGGCAGAGCAGGCCCAGCGACGUGACGAAAUGCUGCGCAUGUACCAUGCCCUGAAAGAGGCCCUCAACAUCAUCGGGGACAUCAACACCAGCACUAUCAGCACCCCUAUGCCCCCACCGGUGGACGACUCUUGGCUGCAGGUGCAGAGCGUACCAUCUGGACGCAGGUCUCCUACGUCCAGCCCCACGCCACAGAGGAGAGCUCCCGCUGUUCCACCCGCCAGACCUGGGUCUCGAGGCCCAGCUCCUGGACCACCUCCUGCUGGUGGGUCCACGCUGGGUGGUGCCCCCCCUGUGCCCUCCAGGCCAGGUGCCUCUCCUGAUCCCUUUGGGCCCCCACCUCAGGUUCCUUCUCGGCCUAAUCGUGCUCCUCCCGGUGUUCCCAGAAUCACUAUCAGUGACCCCUGAGGACUGGCAGCCACGCAGAAGGGGCCCUGCCUCACCUACUCGACCUACCAUAAUCCGACCGGCUGAACCGUCCCUCUUAGAUUUAUAACUUGAGGCUGUAGACAGCUGGCGACGAAUGCCGUGCUGGCGGCUUCCCCAUUCCACCCUCCCUUCCACAGCCACAGUCACUCCUCUCAUCCAUCCCACAUCUCUGCCUCCCACCACCCCUUCCUGGUGUGUCGUAAAACACUAGCCUAGUGAUCGAGCUCUUCGUCUUCACUCGUGCGUCCUGUAUUGCUUUGUGAGCGUAGAGUAGCCUUCAUUCAGUGGCAUGGAUCCCUGAAGUACACAGGCUCCUUGGAGAGAUCAGCCGCAGGGACGUCCUUAAGUCCAAGUGGUGGCUGUCCGUCCAGUAAUUUCAUCUGCCUGGUCUAGCCUGGAUAAGUGUCCUGCCUGCAUCAGUUAGCUGUAGCACCUAGGACUGAUCUGUAGCUAUUUUCUUUUCUUGUAGUUAAGACGACAAAAGUGUGACUUAGAAGAAAAACACUGUCAAAACAUGUGACACUGUUAGGAACAGAUUAAAUGUCCUGUGUAUUAGUUUGACUUCUAAGGUGCAAAAAUUCAUGUUGGGAACAGUGCAAUCAACCUUAUAUCAAAGUGAGGCAGGGAGAUCAAGAAAGGGGGGAACUCAAUGGAUCGGCAUAGUCCUGCUAGAGUGAAGUCUGAGAUAGCGCACACACCUCAGCGUGCAGGGAGCACAUGGACCUGCUCGCACUCAGCUCCCCAAAAGAGCUGGGGAAAUCCUGCUGGUGACGCACUGGCUCCUGCCAGCAGUUGUCUUGCAUCAUCGUUUUUGGCUGACUUUCCUGAAACCAGCAGGGAGAGGGGAAUAGAUAUGCUGCUCCCCCCUUGCAAAUGGACAACCAAACGUUUUCAGGGAGUUUGCUGUGUAAUGUUUUGUUGAAAAUAUUUCUGCUUUGAAUAAGCACAUCUUUCAGUGUUUUUUGGGUACUGUGGUGACUUCUUCCGUAGCCUUUUCUUCUUGCAUGUGGAUGGUACGUGUUUGGGGAAACUUGUAACCGUUGUUGAUCGCAACUCAUCUUCUUAAGGUUUGGUUUUUACUUUUCAUGCUACAUGUAUUAAAAAAAAAAAAAAAAAAAGACUUGAGAAUUAAAAAUAUAUCAACCCUGUACAUCUCAGAUGUCAUGUCUCUACUAGAGCUAAAUGAGCCACCUGUGUUGCAGGCUUUCAACCAGGCCUGAUUCAGAUUUAAGUUAUCUUAUUUCAGUGCUAUUGCUCUUAAUUUCUGUUGUGGAUCCUCUAUUGUUCUGAUGCCAGUUCCUUUCUGUAUUUUAACUAUUGUUUUACUACUUCUCCCCCUUUUCCUUCCCUUCCCCUUUUCCUUUUUUUCUUUGUUUUUCUUGUCUUUAAACUCCAGCCGGCCGGGUAAGGCCAGUCCCUCCCGCCCGGAGAGUCCAAAACCACCAUUUGACAUGUAGGCCUGCUCCCUCUGAGACUCUUUGCCUGCCUCUUAGCUGUUCUGUCCUGGAAUGGUCUGACUCGAAUCUCACACAUGGCUUGUUCUGUUUGUAUUUUGUGACACACACAUAUCAGAUGUGACUGUAGUGAAACUGUUUUUGGUUUUUUUGGUUUUUUUUUUCUUCCCAGCUGCUUAAAGGAGUUAAACAAGUAUAUUGUAGUAAUGAGAAACAUAUCUUUACUGUUAUAAAUAUAUAUAAAUAUAUAUAUAAAGAUGAAAAAUCUAUAUAUGUCCAGGUGUUUAAAGCCAUUUGUGCUUCCAUGUGGAUUUUAGGAAAUACUUAAGUAGGGAAAAGAAUAUCUAUAUACAUAUAUAUAUAUACACACACACAUCCAAAAAGUUAACCAAAUCCUGAUGUUGAGUUUUUGAGCUGAUUGUUAAAUUCUCUGCUGUGUGCAGUUGGGUUAUUGUAUUACCCCAGACUUGUGGGUGAACUGUCUCAGUGCUGGUAGUAGCUGUGAUGCAGUUUGUGAUCUACCUGUCACUCUUGUUUAUUGGAUGAAAUAAACUAUCAUUUCUGUAUAAUGAAGGUCUCCAUGACUAGAAUAAAACCAUCUCUCUUUCUCUUUCUCUGA